UUGAAAGCUAACCGCCUUUUGAAACACUGUUUUUGAUGUCUUCCCCAAUUUCUAACUAAGAUGGCGUCGUAAGGAAACAAAGUCUGUUCCGAGUUCUGAAGUAAUUGUUUGUAACCAUGAAGCGCUCACACCCUGAGGAUCAAGAAAAUGUCUAUCCUGGUAGUAGGAGAGCUGCACCCCAGUUUAGUCACUUGGCUCCUGGUGCACCUGUCAACCGGGGACACCAUUUUGAAAGGGUAUCAGAAGUCACAAGGCCACCAUUUUCAGUGGCUCAUCUUCCAAGCGGGCCAGGAGGCACACAAGGAGGCCAAUCUUCAGCUCCUGGAAUGCACCCACAUCCACCACAGCAAACUGUCCAUGUGCAGACUCCGUUCCCCCAUGGCCAAGGUGCUGUUAGUUCACAGGUUGCAGGUCAGCAACACUUUCAAAGGUUAAAGGUCGAAGACGCCUUGUCCUACUUAGAUCAAGUGAAACUCCAAUUCGGGACGCAGCCCCAAGUGUAUAACGAGUUUCUUGACAUAAUGAAAGAAUUCAAAUCCCAAACAAUCGAUACACCUGGAGUCAUAAGUCGCGUAUCAACCCUGUUUAAGGGACACCCGGAAUUAAUCGUUGGCUUCAACACGUUCUUACCCCCUGGUUACAAAAUAGAAGUCACUGACGGAGACUCAAACACAAUCAGCUUUCAUGGGCCUGGGACCAACAAUGUCCAGACCAUAAUUCCAAGCGUGACGCCGACUCUGCCAUCCCAGGCUUCCAAGCCGCAUGCGCCACAGAAUGCCGCCGCUGGUCAAUCAUCAUCAUUCUCACAGCAUCAGCAACAACAACAACAAUCAACACCAUCUGCAAAUUCAAGUGCUCCUUCACAGCCGUCAUCUCAGCAAUCAGUGCCUAAACAGCAACAACAGCAGUCACAGUCUCAGCAAGCACCAUCGCAGCAACAGUCGCAAAGCGGACAGGGACUGUCAUCCCCAGGUGCAAGCAGUGGUAGUGGGCAGUCACAGACACAGGUAAACAAGGCCCAGCACCAUGCUAUCAACUAUGUGACAAAGAUAAAGAAUCGCUUCCAAGGCCAGCCAGAGGUUUACCAAAAGUUUUUGGAUAUUCUGAACAAUUAUCAGACCGAACAGAAAAAUAUCAAGGAGAAUGCCCUGGACAAUUUUGGGCGUGCACUUUCAGAUCAAGAGGUGUUUUCUAAAGAAGGAAAAUUGGCAAAUGAGGUUUACCAACAAGUGGCAAAGCUGUUUCAGAACCAAGAAGAUCUACUCCAAGAGUUCAGCCAGUUUCUCCCAGAUGCAAGUGGAUCCACUAACCUGAGCAUAUCACAAGCUGUGCCAAUGAGGGACAAUUCUUCAUCAUCAUACAUGCCUCCGAGCAAAAAGAUCUCAAUGACGUCAGGUAUGGUGAAACAGAAACAACAAACAAAAAAGAUCACCUCAGCUCCACUGACACCAACCCUAAAACCCGAACCAAUGGACACAGAUUCUAAGGAUGGCUCAGAGAAAAUGCCUACAAAGAAGAAGCACCGAUCUGCCCUGAAGGAUGUCUCCCUCGCAGAGGCUGUGAAGCAUGGCUCCUUUAGCGAAUUUGCUUUCUUUAACAAGGUACGCAAGGCCUUGAAGAGUCAGGAGGUGUAUGAGAAUUUCCUUCGCUGCCUCGCAUUGUUCAACCAGGAAGUGGUUUCGAGGCUAGAGCUUGUUCAGCUCAUGACUAACUUCCUUGGGAAAUUUCCGGACCUUUUUACUUGGUUCAAAACUUUUCUUGGCUACAAAGAGAAUCAGCCAAUGGAACCGAUGUCCGGAUUCAAAGACAGAGGAACCGGUGGAGAAUUGGCCCAUCUGGAACUAGAUUAUGCCACUUGCAAACGCAGCGGGGCAAGUUACAGAGCUCUGCCCCAGAGUUACAACCAACCUAAGUGCACAGGCAGAAGCCAAUUAUGCAGGGAAGUCUUGAACGACGUUUGGGUCUCAUUGCCUUCUUGGUCAGAAGACACCCAGUUUCCAGGCACAAGGAAGACGCAAUAUGAGGAGUAUAUUUACAAAUGUGAAGAUGAGAGGUUUGAGCUUGAUAUAGUUAUUGAGACGAAUCUCGCUGCCAUCAAGUCACUAGAGGCAAUCCACAAGAAGCUUUUCAGGUAUGGCAGUCUAAGAAUGUCAUAUGAAGAUCAACAGCGCUACCGAUUGGAUAGUUCUCUUGGUGGCAGUUCAGAGGUUAUCUGCAAAAAGGCCAUUUACAGAAUUUAUGGUGACAAAUCAGCAGAAAUCAUAGAUGGUUUGAAGAAAACACCACAUGUAGCUGUCCCAUUGGUGCUCAAAAGGUUAAAGGCCAAAGAUGAAGAGUGGAAGGAGGCUCAGAAACAGUUCAAUAAGAUUUGGAGAGAGCAAAAUGAGAAAUAUUAUUUAAAGUCCUUGGAUCAUCAAGGCAUCAACUUCAAACAAACGGAUUACAAAGCAAUGAGGUCAAAAAGCUUGAUACACGAGAUUGAGCAGCUCUUCGAAGAGCGAACAGAUCAGGCAGAGGAUGGCAAUGCCGAAGUUUCUGGGCCACAUUUGACCUACACUUACAAGGACAAAUCAAUCUUGGAUGACGCCGCCAGUCUGAUAAUUCACCACAUGAAGAGACAAACAGCGAUCCAUCCGGAUGACAAAACAAAGAUCAAACAUUUGUUGUACCAGUUUGUGCCAGAUCUGUUUUUUGCACCAAGAACUGACCUGAGUGAUGAUGAAGAGAGUUCAAAGGACCAAGAAGUCAAACCAGAAAGCUUUUCUGCCACUGGUGACACGGAUGAUCUUUAUAACCUGUUCUUUGUCAACAAUACUUGGUAUGUUUUCUUCAGACUUCACCAGAUGUUAUGUGAGCGUCUUCUAACAAUGUACGAGCUCGCAAUGAAGAUAGCUGAAGACGAGGCUAGAGAUAAGAUGCACCGAAGAGAGGGUACAGCAGUGGCACUGCGCCUCAAGCAGGCAACCACAACUGAUGUGGAGGAAUAUUUCCCAGUAUUCCUUGAGAUGGUUAGGAAUCUUCUGGAUGGAAACAUGGACGCAAGCAAUUUUGAAGAUACUCUUCGAGAGAUGUUUGGAGUCAGUGCUUACAUUGCAUUCACGAUGGACAGGCUGAUCCAGAAUAUUGUAAGACAGCUUCAGAACCUUAUAACAGACGAAACCUCCCUUCAAGUCACCGAGAUGUUCAAAGGUGAAAAACUGAGCGACGCUACGGGCGGCCCAUCAGCAACUGUUACUGCGAGAGCUGUGCAGGAGCAGACCUACCAGAAGAAAACAGAAAACAUAUUGAGUGAUGAAAACUGCUUCAAAGUUGUGUUUCACAAGGAUCGUUCUAUCUGCACGCUGAACAUCGAACUGCUUCCCAGCGAAGAUUACCAAUCCGAGGAUGUUCAAGACGAGAAAUGGUCUGAAUACGUAGAGAAGUUCGUUGGCAGCAAAGAAGUCUCUGUUGAAGUUCAAGAUCAUCUUUACAAGAAGCCAAUUUAUCUGUGCAGGAAUCGUCGGUUUCUCAAGUCAAAGGCAUUCAGGAGAGAAGAUCCCAAGAAAUUGGAAGGUGAUGAUGAAGAUAAAGGGUCUUCUGCAGACGAGACAAUCAGUGGUAACACAAGUCCGAAAGGCGAGCAAAGGGAUGUUGUUUUUCAUGACGUCAUCAACGAAGAAGGUCUUGAGUGUCGAUUCAAGGUGAAUUCAUACAAGAUGACUUACAUUGCUGGUACUGCAAAUUUCAUGUACAGAUUAAAGUCACUGCCGAAAGCUGUAAGGCUCCACUCGAAGAUCCAUAGCAGAGUACACCAGAAAUUCAAAACCAGUCAUGAUCGUUGGUUGGCUGAUAACGUGUCACGUGAACAGUCAAAGAGCUGUGAUGAUUGGUUGAUGGGUAAGACGGAAGGUCUGAAGCCAUGCACCACACAGAAGAAGACAUUUCAAAUGGGAGGCAUUGUUUUAUCCUCAUACUCUGCGAAGUAUAAUACCUCGGAAUGAUGUUAAGUAUUGAAAUGGAGACUAUUGAGUGACGUGCCUUUCGCGUUGAACUGUAGAUUGUAGUGAGAAAGAUAACAUGUGACUGGACCAUGCUUUCCUUCCGUGUUGUGGUAUUGAUACACAGGCCUUUCUCUGGCAAAUUUUAUCUGAUGAUGGAAAGGAGGCAGAUAGGUAAGUCAAUACGAAUAGGAGGCUGGCUUAUCAUUAAAAUGUAGAGAGGACAAAAAAGUUUAAUUUAAAUGCAAUAAGUUCAUAUAUUAAGAAAGGAUUUCAAGUAUCUAUUUUAGCUGUGGGUUCAAGGGCGGGGUUGCCAAGAUGUUUGAGGCAGCUUCUGUUUGUGUGCGUGUGGUGCAAUAACGGCAUCCAUAGAUUGCAUUUACAGUUACCGGUAAAUGUCUUCAUUGGAAUGAUUUUGUGCCCCUCAACCCCCCCCCCCACUUUCUUCUCGCAAGACAUUGUAUUUUAUGUAACCCUCCUCCAAGGAUGUGUUGCUAUUAAAAAUACAAUGGUGUAAAAUUUCUAAAAAACAAUAGAAAAAAGUAGAGAGAUGGCCAUUUUUCCAAGGCCCACUUGCGAUCUUAGCAAGCCAUUUGUAGCUGGGACUGUUUUCUGUACCCCCCUCCCCCCUUUCCUCCAAAUAUCUGUCAACCAUCGAUAUGAAACUGUUUGCCAAUAACACCAGUAUUUUCCUUCUCUGUUAGGUUUUUGCCCACAAUCGAUAUUAACUGGCAACUGGUAACGCGGACUUUUUCUGCCUCCCCCCCCCCAACCCUUCAAAAUACCCAUCAACUACUGAUAGAAAUCUGUAUGCCGAAAACACUAGUAUUUCCCUUUCUCUUAGUUUUAGGCCCACAUUUGCUAUUAACUGGCCACUUGUAUCGCGGGCUCUUUUGUAUGUAUACUAACCUAAUGUCCGUUCCAAGCCUCUUUAAUCUUGACGUCAUCUGCCGUUUGUAUCUGUCUGAAGUUUGAAGAUAUCUAAAUAAAUUUUCUGACCGGCAGUACAUUCAUUGCCAGUCCAUGCCACACUUAUUUAUUUUCGUUUGAUUGAGGACUAUGUUUUAUAGCAAGAAGUUUCGGCAAUGUAAAUAAUAGCCUCGUUUGCUGUUCUUUAUAAAGAGGCUGCAGAUGACGUCAAUUUUGUCUCGGUUGUUUUCUUGUAAAUCGAUAAUAUAACCUUACACCCGGAUAUUCCGAAUUUUUACUGUUGUUUACGUUGUAGAAGAGUUGAAAUACGGGGCUGCCUUCUGUUGCCGGCAUCCUGAGUUACGUCAGUAUUUUUAUUUCCCAGUUGUAUUUAUGUAAUCAUGAGAUACAACUCUUAAACAAAGAA